GCGUGGCUUAAAGGGGGCGGGCAGCGCGGCUGCGGGGGGCGCCGAAGAUGGCGACGGCGGUGGCGGCGGCGGCUCCUCCCGGUCCGACCGUGGGGCCGCGCCGCUUCUCGCUGCUGGCGAUCGUGGGUGGCGGAUGUCACCGGCCGGGGCUGCUGGCGGCCGCCCUGCAGCAGCUGGAGCGAGGUAUCCGCUCCUGGGACAUCGACCUGACCUCCUGCAACCUGGAUGAGCAGCUGAAGCUCUUUGUCUCCCGUCACUCCGCCACCUUCUCCAGCAUCGUUAAAGGUCAGCGGACCCUGCAUCACCGCGGUGAUGUGCUGGAGACCCUGGUGCUGCUCAACCCCUCCGACAAGUCGCUGUGUGAUGAGCUGCGCAACCUCAUCACGGAUGUGUCGCAGCACAAGCUGCUGGUGUUUGCUGGGCCCUGCGUGGAGGAGACGGGAGAGUUGAUGCUGCAGACCGGCUGCUUCUCGCUGCGGGACUUCAUCCAGAUCUUCACUGACAAGGAGGUUGGGGAGAUCCUGAGCUCCGCAGACCCUUCAGCCAAAGCCAGGCUGACCAUCAGCUGCCCUGACUUUGGGGAGUGGAAGGACUCGGGCUUGGACCAUCACAACCUGCAGGACUUCAUUGAGCUGCGCUACAACCCAGGCUGCAUCCUGCCUGAGAUGGAAGGGCUGGAGGAGUUCAUGGAGUACCUCUCGGAGUCAUUGGAGCCCCAGUCCCCCUUCGACCUCCUGGAGCCCCCCACCAUGGUGGGUUUCCUCAAGCUCUCCAAGCCCUGCUGCUACAUCUUCCCAGGUGGGAGAGGGGACUCUGCUUUCUUUGCCGUUAAUGGCUUCAACGUGCUGGUGAACGGCGGCUCCAACCCCAAAUCAUCCUUCUGGAAGCUGGUGAGGCACCUGGACCGCAUCGACUCCAUCCUGGUGACGCACGCGGGCACCGACAGCCUGCCUGGCAUCAACAGCCUCCUGCAGAGGAAGCUGGCUGAGCUGGAAGAGGAGCCAGCAUCACAGGGCUCACAAGGCAACGGCGAUUGGGCCCGUAACCUCAUCUCCCCAGAGCUGGGUGUCGUCUUCCUCAAUGCCUCCGAGAAGCUGAAGGCCAUCGAGGGCAACUCGCGGGUGCUGAAGAGCUGUGAUGAAGCUGCAUUGACGCUGCAUUAUUUGGAGAAGCUGGGCAUCCACCCCAACCCGUUGGCACGGGAUAGCAGCCCCCGCGUGGAGCCCACCGUCCUCUUCCAGAAGAUGGGAGUCGGGCGGUUGGAUAUGUAUGUGUUGAACCCAGUGAAGGGCACCAAGGAGCUGGAGUUCCUCCUGCAGCACUGGUCGGGGAAUGGGUACCCUGAGGAGCAGGAGCUGCCAUUGCAAUGCCUGACCUCUGUGUGUGCCCUGCUGGUCUGGCACCCCGUCAACCCCGCUGAGAAGAUCAUCCGUGUUCUCUUCCCUGGCUGCACACCCCAGGCGCGUAUCCUGGAGGGGCUGGAGAAGGUGAAGCACCUGGAGUUCCUCAAGCAGCCCGUGGUCACCAAGAAUGACUUGAAGGGACCUCAACCUGACAAGCAGCUGAAGCAGAGGAGGACGGAGAGCAAGGAGAGUUUGGCGUCUGCCUCCAAGCUCAGCCUGGUGGACGCCGGGGUACCCAAGGAGAAGGCUUUGAAAACGGUGGAGAGGAAGGAGGUGAAGGUGGGGACCAAGGAGAAGCCAAAGGCGCUGGGGGAGGUGGCCAGAGCAGGGUCAGAGGAGGAGAGGGCCAAACUUGCCAAGCAGGACUCCUCUGUGGAGAAGCUGAAGGUGGAGGCAAAGCCAAAGGUGAGCAAGGAGAAAGCGGUGCCCAAGAAAGAUCCUGUGCCCCGCAAGGAGGAGAAGAAACCAUUGAAGAAGGAGGAGAGCGCCGAAGGGAAGCUGGAACCAAAGAAGGAGGUGAAGGCUGUGAAGAAGGACGUGAAGGCAGAGACGCUGCGGAAGGACACGAAGGACAGCAAGGCUGAGCCCAAGGCUGCUGCAAAGCCCCCAGCACGGAAAACGCCGGUGCCCGAUGCCCGCAAACCGCUGGUCAAAGCUGGGAGCAUCAAGAGAACCACCCUGAAGAAGGAGCCAGAGAAACCCAAGGCCAAAGGCAGCAAGGAGCCAGGUGGCAAGAAGGAGCCGGGGCCGACGGAGGGCUCCAAGCCUUCCUCCCCUGAAGACAUGGCGCUGGAUGCUGAGGGGAGGAGGAAGAAGGAGGAGUCGCCGGAUGAAGGCAUCACCACGGCUGAGAGCGAGCUGGAGCCAUCGCCGAUGGAGAACGGAGGGGCCGGGAGGGGCUCAGAGCCCAGCUGUGUGGAGAACGGCAUGGAGGACCCCGAGAGCCCCCAACGCUUCCGUUACCCCGAGGGCAGCCCCUGGAGGGCUGUUGGACCCCCAUCCCCAUUGGCAAAGACCCCCAGGAGCGAGCGCAGCGUCAACUUUGACCUGACACCCACCGGGCUGCUGCCCCCCGGCCCCGAAGGCAGCGAGGAUCCCUGCGGCAGCUCCGAGGAGAAGACCCUGGAGAUGAUGUCCCCGGGCAGCUCGGGGCCCGCCAGCGCCGGGCACACUCCGUUCCAUCAGUCCCCGGUGGAGGAUGGCGGUGAGGAUCCGGGUGCCAACACGCAGCCCAACCCUUGGGCACCUAACAGAGCCCCGCAGGACGGCAGUGAGAAGCAGGCAGGCUGCCUGUCCCUCAGCCCCUUCAAGGACGACGUCCCCGACGUGUCCCCCACCAUCACCACCCCGUCGCUGCCGGCCGAGGUGGGCUCCCCUCACUCCACCGAGGUGGACGAGUCGCUGUCGGUGUCUUUUGAGCAGGUUCUGCCACCGGUCAAUGAGUCCCCGCAGGAGGAGAGCAUGCGGCCCCGCGCCACGCCAGAGCCUGACCCUGCCAAGGGUGGGGGGCUGUCGCUGCCAUUGAGACCUUGCCACCACCCGCACCCCCCCCCAGCUCCACGCCACGGCCGCCGCUCCGAUUCACCCCACGACGUGGACCUGUGCUUGGUGUCCCCCUGUGAGUUUGAGCACCCCAAAGCCGGCCGCUCACCCGCCGUCAGCCCCCGCGACCUGUCGGACAGCGACCCCUCCCAGGAGCUGCAGCCCCCAGCCCCACAUCGCGGCCGGCCCCCCCCGCAGCCUGUGGGUGAGACCCCCCCCACCUCGGUCAGCGAGUCGCUGCCCACCCUCUCUGACUCCGACGUGCCCCCCGCCACUGAGGACUGCCCCUCUCUGCUGGCUGAUGGGUUGGAGUCAGACGAGGACUCGGAGCAGCCUCACCGUGGCCCACCCAGAGCCCGUGACCCACUGCCAGCCCCCAUGAAGGACCCCUGCCCCCUCCCCGCCCAGCCCGGCAUCUGCAUGGUGGACCCCGAGGCGCUGCCCAAGAAGGAGCCCCCCCUUGGCAAGGCCAAGCGCACCACAUCCCGUGUGGGCACAGCACCCACCGCCCCCAAACCCGACGGCCCUAAAUCAGCCAGCCUGGCCCCCAAGGGCAAGGGGCCCACAGGGGACAAGGCCCGGCUGCCCCCCAGCGACAAGAAGGGCCCCCCCAGUGGCACAGGGACCAUGCGCAGCGCUGGAUUCAAAGCACCAAUGGGAGCCGGACGGGCAUCCCCUGCAGGCUCGAGGGCUGCAGCCCCCCAGGGCCCCCCGGUGUACGUGGACCUGGCCUACCUGCCUGGAUCUUGGAGCGCCCGUACGGUGGAUGAGGAAUUCUUCCGCCGCGUCCGUUCCCUUUGCUACGUGGUGAGCGGCGACGACCACCUGAAGGAGGGGGUCCUGAGGCCCAUCCUGGAUGCGCUGCUGGCUGGCAAGCACCAGUGGGGCACCGACACUCAGGUGACGUUGAUCCCCACCUUUGAUUCACUGGUGAUGCACGAGUGGUACCAGGAGACCCACGAGAGGCAGCAGGAGUUGGGCAUCACGGUGCUGGGCAGCAACAGCACGGUGGCCAUGCAGGAUGAGACCUUCCCUGCCUGCAAGGUGGAGUUCUGAGCAGGAUGGGGGGGAGGGCUUCAUCCCCACCCUCUUCCUCCUCUGCACACCCCUUCCAUCCCUGCAUGGGGACUGGAGGUUGCUGUGCAUUGGAGGGGAGGGAUGGGGGUCCUGCCCACCCUCUCCAUCCUGGCUUGAGGGGCUGGGGGUCCCACAGCACCCACACAUGCUACACGCUGCCACUCUGCACCCAGGGAUGGGGGGCUGGGUGUGGGGCUCGAGCCACACUCAAUCAAACAGGGUAGAAUGUUUUUUGUCUCUUGCUGUCCCUAUCCUCACCCCUACCCCCCCCCCACCACCCUGAUAAGCCACUACUGCCCCCCACCCCGGGGUACCAACAGCCCCAACCUUUAGGCUGCUGAGGGUGCCAAGCUCCUUUAUGGCACCCCAUGGCUGUGGGGCUGCGUUGGCUGCCCCUAUGGCACUACAGCACAGCUUGAUCACCACCCCCUGUGCACACACUGCCACACACUGCAGGUGGGGGGGGGCAGGGGCUUGGCUGCACCAUCCUCCCCCCCCCUUCCACUAUGCCCUCAUCUAUGACAUGAAGGACAAAUCCCCCCCCCCAAGUCUGUGUCCCCUCUUGUCCCCAUGCAGUGUGAGCUGAGCACUGGCAGCUCAUGGCACUGGUGGCAAAUCCCUGCCUGCAGUGGGUUGGGGGGGUUCAGAACCCCCCCCCCCCCCAUAUCCCUGCAGUGCUGGAAGGCUGUGAAGGAACCCAAUGCCAUGUGCUGGUAUUAAGGGGAGAUUUGGGGGUGAUGGGGGGGGGAUAAGAAUGUGUGCCCCCCCCGCCCACCCUCCAGCCCUACAUAGAGGGCAAACACUAACAUGGGGGGGGGGGUGUUGGGGUGAGGGGGGUGGGGGGGGCUCCUCUAUGGCUCUUUUUGUAAUGACUUUUUAAGAAAAAGAAACUGAAAAAAAAAGAAGGGGGGGGAAAAAAAAGGUAAAGAAAAAGCUGAGCAACCCCAGCACGGUCCUGAGGGUCGUUAUUUAUCACUGUUGGGGGGGGUGUCAACGUGAGCCCCCCCCCUCCAUAUUAUCCCCUUAUGGACUUGGGGCUGUUGUGUUGUUUGUCUGGGGGGGGUGAAUGGCCCCACUGCGGUGCUGUAUUGGAUGGAUCAGAAAUGAGCAUUAAAUAGAGGAGAGGCGGCCGG